GCUACUCUCUUUUCCGGUUACCGCGGCGCGAGGAGCCAUGAGCAGCAAAGUGUCUCGCGACACCCUGUACGAAGCGGUGCGGGAAGUCCUGCACGGGAACCAGCGCAAGCGCCGGAAGUUUCUGGAGACGGUGGAGCUGCAGAUCAGCUUGAAGAAUUAUGACCCCCAGAAAGACAAACGCUUCUCGGGCACCGUCAGGCUGAAGUCCACCCCCCGCCCCAAGUUCUCCGUGUGUGUCCUGGGCGACCAGCAGCACUGCGAUGAGGCCAAGGCUGUGGACAUCCCCCACAUGGACAUUGAGGCGCUCAAGAAGCUCAACAAGAACAAGAAGCUAGUCAAGAAGCUGGCCAAGAAGUAUGACGCCUUUUUGGCCUCAGAGUCUCUGAUUAAGCAGAUCCCACGAAUCCUGGGCCCAGGCCUAAAUAAGGCUGGCAAGUUCCCCUCCCUGCUGACACACAAUGAGAACAUGGUGGCCAAAGUUGAUGAGGUGAAGUCCACAAUCAAGUUCCAGAUGAAGAAGGUGCUGUGUCUGGCUGUGGCAGUCGGCCACGUGAAGAUGACAGACGACGAGCUUGUGUACAACAUCCACCUGGCUGUCAACUUCCUGGUGUCACUGCUCAAGAAGAAUUGGCAGAACGUCCGGGCCUUGUACAUCAAGAGCACCAUGGGCAAGCCCCAGCGCCUGUACUAAAGCACAUGCUAAUAAACACUGGUGCCACCGUC